GUUGAGAGAGACAGACAGACAUCCCCCUGCUCCUCCAUCUCUCCUGCCUGGACUUCUGCUCACUGCCCCCUCAGAGAUGGCAGAGGACAUGUGGGAGAACAGAACAGUCCCCAGCCCUUACCCCCACCUCCCCCUGUCUUUGCUACUAUGUAACGACACCUUCCUCAAUGACACCCUCCUCAACGACACCCUCUUCAACUGCAUCAACUCCACCAACAUUCCAGAGAUGCCAUUAGGACCCAGUGUAGCAGGGGUCCUCAUCCCACUCAUCUACAUCAUCGUCUGUGUCAUCGGCCUUGGCGGGAACAGCCUGGUCAUACACAUUGUGCUGCACUACUCCAAGACGGAGUCUGUGACUAACAUCUACAUCCUGAACCUGGCCAUCGCUGAUGAGCUCUUCAUGCUGGGCCUGCCCUUCCUGGCUGUCCAGAACACCCUCCAGUUUUGGCCCUUUGGCUCCUUUAUGUGCCGCCUGGUCAUGACCGUGGACUCCAUCAACCAGUUCACCUCCAUCUUCUGCCUAACUGUCAUGAGCAUUGACCGCUACCUGGCAGUGGUCCAUCCCAUACGCUCCUCCAAGUGGCGGCGGCCCCAGGUGGCCAAGGUGGUCAACGGCACAGUGUGGGCGAUCUCCUUCCUGGUGGUCCUGCCUGUGGUAAUCUUCGCCAACGUCCACAAGACGGGCGGCACCUGCAAUAUCUCCUGGCCUCGGCCGGCCGACAUUUGGCGGGCGGCUUUUAUCAUCUACACGUCCACAGUGGGUUUCUUUUGCCCACUCCUCAUCAUCUGCCUCUGCUACCUGCUCAUCGUCUUCAAGAUCCGCAGCUCUGGCAAGAAGGUCCACGCCACGUCCACCAAGCGCAGGAAGUCGGAGCGCAAGGUGACGCGCAUGGUGGUGAUCGUGGUCGCCGUGUUUGUCUUCUGCUGGUUGCCCUUCUACGCCCUCAACAUCCUCAACCUGCUGGUGUCUCUGCCAUCAGAGUACCCGGGCCUCUACUACUUUGUUGUGGUAAUGGGCUACGCCAACAGCUGCGCCAACCCCAUCGUCUACGGCUUCCUGUCAGAAAACUUUAAGCGGGGCUUCCGCAAGGCCCUGUGUCGCUCCUCACGCAAGGUGGAGAGCCACGACCUGACAGAGCGCCAGCAGCAGCAGGAGGAGAGAGGGAGGGUGCUGAAGCCCCGGGAGAGCUUGAGGAGGGUCGUACAAGAUGAGGAGGAGGAAGAGGAUGAUGACGACAGGGAGGACGUCACAGAGAUGACGGAGAUCUGUAGGAUCGCCCAGAAUGGGAACGGACAUCCUGAGAGUUCCCAGGCCCUGUUAACACCCAAGGCGCCAGCUCCAGGGGCAUCUGAGCAUGUGGUAUCCCCAGAAAGGAAAGCCAAAGCUGGUGACAUUGGUGGGAAAGGCCCAAGCUUGGGGCCUCCAGCAUCCCUGCAUAAUGGACACACAAAUGGGAGUGUCAAACCACUGCCAGAGGAGCCAGUGGAGAAGAACUCCUCACUGGAGAUAAGCUACCUAUAAUGUAAAAUAACUGUCUCCGAAGUCAGUUACCUGAUGGAACUUGCAUUAAUAUUUUGUAGCAUUCAUGUAAUGUCUAUUUAAAUGUACAGCGCUAUACACAUAUAGAGAAGAGAAGCACUCUGUAAGGCCAUAGCACCUUUCAUAAUUUAUUGCUACAUUUCUGAUCAAUGGGCUGAGAGUGUUUGAACUCUACAUCAAGCCAAUGGAAUUUGUGUUACAAUGACUUGAUACUGCCUGUAAAACGGUGUAUAUACUAGGUUGUUUCUGAAGACAUUUGUAUAAUUUCAAUCUGUGUUUAUAUGUUUUACCACAUGAUCACUGUAUGUACAUAAUGUCUGUGCCUUUUUCCAAACUUAUCUGACAUAUCUGAAUGUAAUUGUAUUACAUUUUUACUGCACAAUGUGACAAUCAAUUAUAUAUAGAUGAAUGUAGCGUCACUUCUAUAUCCUAGUCAUUCACCUCGCUACACCUUGGCUGGAGGAACAGAGGACAGAAGAAAAAGAAGGCACCUUGUGUAGCUUCUAUCCCAUGCCAACAGAAUGGACCUACACUCUUAGAACAAGGGUUACAAAAAGGUUACAAAAGGGUUCUUUGGCUGUAGAUAGCACCUCUUUUUCUAAGAAUGUACCAAUUGUUUGUUUAGAUUGUUGAGGACUGGGGGGUGCACAAUCAGAGGAGGAAAGCAGGUGCCCCGAUUGGCAUAAAAUCAAACGGUGGUUAUAGAUUGAGGGUUUAUUUUGCUUGUGUGUUGUGAGCCAUGGUUGUGUUUGUACUGCUGCUAUAUGGGGGAAGAAAAGGGCUCUGGAAAGAGUUGGCAACUUGGCAUCCGGUGACAGUGUCUCAUGUCACUGAAUAUCAAGGUGGAAUAUCUGGUGACAGUGUCUCAUGUCACUGAAUAUCAAGGUGGAAUAUCUGGUGACAGUGUCUCAUGUCACUGAAUAUCAAGGUGAAAUAUCUGGUGACAGUGUCUUGUAUUACUGAAUAUCAAGGUGGAAUAUCUGGUGACAGUGUCUCAUGUUACUGAAUAUCAAAGUGGAAUAUCUGGUGACAGUGUCUCGUAUUACUGAAUAUCAAGGUGGAAUAUCUGGUGACAGUGUCUCAUAUUACUGAAUAUCAAGGUGGAAUAUCUGGUGACAGUGUCUCGUAUUACUGAAUAUCAAGGUGGAAUAUCUGGUGACAGUGUCUCAUAUUACUGAAUAUCAAGGUGGAAUAUCUGGUGACAGUGUCUCGUAUUACUGAAUAUCAAGGUGGAAUAUCUGGUGACAGUGUCUCAUAUUACUGAAUAUCAAGGUGGAAUAUCUGGUGACAGUGUCUCGUAUUACUGAAUAUCAAGGUGGAAUAUCUGGUGACAGUGUCUCGUAUUACUGAAUAUCAAGGUGGAAUAUCUGGUGACAGUGUCUCAUAUUACUGAAUACCAAGGUGGAAUAUCUGGUGACAGUGUCUCAUAUUACUGAAUAUCAAGGUGGAAUAUCUGGUGACAGUGUUCAAUUUGCUUGAGGGCAUACCAAGGUUGCACAUAUCUGAUUGUUGUUGUGUUGUUGUUCAACACUUGACCCUCUGGUUUCUGUAACUCGGUCUAUAUAGUAUGCCAUUUGAAAGGUCAAGGAACAUCAGAGUUCCUAUACACUGAUUGUUUCUUUUAAGAAUGACUUUUUCCUGUUCUUUUGAAUGCUACCUGGCAGCUAUGACAGGGGAGCCACAUUGGAGGCAUUGAGGUUGAACAGACAGAGGAUAUGAGAAUAUAGACAGAUAAGAUAUGAGCAUGAAAGGCUGAAAGGGAUGUAGGGAUGGUAUCUACAAUAUCUGACAUCUAGGUGAUUCAUAUGACGAAAUGUGUAAUAAAUGUAUUUGUUUUAUCAUAGAUAUGUACUUGGACAACAAAAGGAGCGCAGAAUGUCAAUAUAGUGGAUGUUUUCUUUAGAGGUUUAGUUCAUCAGGGGAAAAGACUACUGUAAAUCAUGCACACACCAAACCAUGAAAAAUAAACUGGUACUGUAGGUGCACAAAAAAUAUGCAUUAUUAGACCGUUACACCAGAGUUACCACACAGCCACAAGCCCUCAUUAACCAAUUUGCCCAGUGGAGUGGAAGGCAUUAGGUGAAACCACACUGACCAACACAUAAAGUGCCUCAGUAUAUUGUUACACUCCACCAACAUUGUUGACUCUUGUGUCCCUUUCACUGCAUUCAAUGAUACAAAUAGCAGUGUAUAGUAGAAAGCAGUUAACUCACUUGAACAAUGCUAUCUGAUCCAUGAUAAAUCCAUUUCCUCUGCCACCCCCGCAGCUGCCACACUCCCACACACACACUCUCUCUCACAGCUGCAUUAAGAGGUGUGAAAACAUCAUUAAAGGCUUAUGAAAAGUGAAUUGUUUCACUAAUGCCAUGCUUGCAGUUCCGCUGGGCAGACUUGUGACAAGCAGCAUACUGUGAAGUGUUGUAUAAUUGCCACUUUCAUGUCAAAUAUACACUUGUUUACUUGUACUUGAGUUGUGUACGGGAUUAUUCUAUCAGAAUAUGAUUUUUGUUUUCCACUGUUUGUGUGAUCUUUCCUCAGUGAUAAUCAGCGCAGUGCUUAUUGUAGAUGGAGGUGAGGCAAGAGGCUGACCACCUGAUUGGUCGACGGGUGGUAUCUUUAUGAAUCUGUGUGAUGCAUUGUCCGCUCUCUCCACCCACAGAAGCCCACCUAAGUAUGAUAUGGGCACAGAAAAAAGCAAACAGAACCGCAGGUGACUCUGAUAACACUGAUAUUAUUCACUCUUUUUGGCAGUGGCUACUAUGGAAACACUAUGUAAACAGUGCCUGUAGCGCAAGGGUAAGAACACAACAGAGCUCUGAAAGUCAGAGAAUAGGCAUAGUAUUUAUCUAAUCCAGAUGUGCUAUUUGGUUUGGGAUUAAAUCUCUCAAUCCAAGGGCAACACACAUGUUCUCAGCUAACUAUCUGUAGAUGAUCAUUCUGUGGUGUGGCCAUUGCGUUCCAAUGGGCCAUGCCAAAACACCAUCAGUGUUAUUGUGCCUUUUUUAAAAUUGUGUCUCAAGCAUCUCAUUGUGCCAAUGCAAUCUGACAGUUUUAGUAUUGCUCAAAGAGACAGCUGGGGGGUAACAAGUAGAUGGUUUGCUGAUGGUUUGUGGGAGAAGGGACUGUUCUGGCAGGUGAGGUGUGGGGGACGGGAC